UGGGUUAGUGUAAAGUGAAACAGCAAUGCAAACGGUCUUGCAAACACUCAAAAGUCCUGCUGUCUGCCUGCAAGGUUCAAGUUAUGAAAUGACUAUGUGGUUCCUCUACCAGCUGGUGUUUGCUUUCAUGCUGGGGUCAACAAGAGCUGAGUCUUCUCAAUUUCCAUGCAAUCCGACCAAAGCAGAAACAACAUGCAACGAAUGCAUCAAUUCAGGACCCGGAUGUGCCUGGUGUAAGCAAAUGAAUUUCAGCAAGGAAGGAGAGACGAGUUCAUCACGAUGUGACUCACUAAGCAACCUAAUAGCGAGAAAGUGCAAGAGACAGGACAUAAUCAACCCCCAAAGUGAACUUUCCGAAAUAGUGAAUGAUCCAUUUCAGAUUCGUAAGGACAAUGUGAUUCAGAUAAAGCCUCAGAAAAUCCGCCUUGCUCUUCGACGAGGCCUUCCCAAGGAGAUAGCGUUCAAAUUUAAGCGUGCGGAAGGUUACCCUAUCGACCUGUACUAUCUUAUGGACCUCUCCUACUCCAUGAAAGAUGAUUUGGAAAAAGUGAAGAGUCUGGGGAAACAGCUUCUUGAUGCACUGACUAGUGUCACAAAGUCCAUUCAGAUAGGUUUUGGUUCCUUUGUAGAUAAGACUGUGCUGCCAUUUGUAAAUACAAACAAGGAAAAAAUGAAGAAUCCGUGUCCUACUAAAUCUCAGAAAUGUCAACCUCCGUUUGAUUUUAAGCAUGUCCUCAAACUAACAAACAAUGCGGACACCUUCAAUACGGAGGUUCAAAAGCAACACAUUUCUGGAAAUCUGGAUCCUCCAGAGGCAGGCUUGGAUGCCAUGAUGCAGGCAGCAGUGUGUGGGGACAUAAUUGGCUGGCGGAAUGUCACUCGUCUACUUGUAUACACCUCAGAUGAUGGAUUCCAUUUUGCUGGAGAUGGCAAGCUUGGAGCAAUUCUAAAUCCCAAUGAUGGUAAAUGUCAUCUUAACAGCCUUGGCUUUUAUGAAGAUAGCCAUAAAUAUGACUAUCCUUCCAUUGCUGAGUUAGCUCAAAAAUUAGCCGAAAACAACAUUCAACCAAUUUUUGCAGUCACAUCAAAGAUAAUGCCUAUAUACCAGGAGCUUAGUAAAAUGAUUCCAAAAUCUGCAGUAGGUGAAUUGAAGGAAGACUCCAGUAAUGUGGUUCAGUUGAUAAAGGAUGCAUAUAAUAAUCUAUCAUCCAAGGUUAUAAUGAAGCACAACAAUUUGCCUGAUGGGGUCAGGAUCGAGUAUAAGUCAAAAUGCAGUGAUGGAGAAAAUGUGAAUGACAAAAAUGGAACCUGCUCGAAUGUGAAGAUUGGAGAGGAGGUAGAAUUUAUUGUCACAAUAACUGCAGAAAAAUGCUUGGACAAAACAUAUACAUUUGAGAUCAGACCCCUGGGCUUCACAGACAAGCUGGAGAUUGAAUUACGGACAGAGUGCAACUGCAAUUGCGAUGACAGUUUUGAAAUGGCUGAACACUGCAACAAACAUGGUAGCAUCAAAUGUGGAAUAUGCAGCUGUACUAAUAACCGGAUUGGUCAGUUUUGUGAGUGUGACCCUGGACAGCAGUCCACUCAGGAGCUGGUUACAGCCUGUCACAGGGACAACAGCUCAGCCAGCUGCAGCAACCAAGGAGACUGUUUCUGCGGGAGGUGCACAUGUCAUACGAGCCCCAAAAAGAAGAUUUAUGGCCAGUUUUGUGAAUGUGAUAACGUGAACUGUGAGCUGAACUUGGGCAAACUGUGCGGUGGGCACGGAACAUGUGAUUGUGGAACAUGCAAAUGUAAUUCAGGCUUCAGUGGAAGUGCUUGCCAGUGUCCGCAGUCUGAUCAACGCUGCAAGAACAAUAAUGGCCGAAUCUGCAGUGGAAGAGGAACAUGCGAGUGUAACCAGUGCAAAUGUAAUACAGGUUAUGAACCUCCACAUUGCAAAGAAUGUCCAGCAUGUCCAUCCCCAUGCCCAAAAUACAUACAUUGUGUGGAAUGUCUUGGAUUUGACUCUGGGCCAUACAAGGACAACUGCACUGCAUCCUGUACAAAUAUAAAACACAAUAAAACAGGCACAGUGAAGCAGAAGCCCUGUAAAGAGAAAAGCUCCAAGGAUUGCUGGAUAAUUUUCUCAAUGACGGAAUUAGAUGGAGUUUCACAGUAUGAGGUGGUCAUCCGUAAGGAGCAAGAUUGUCCCAAGCCUCCAAAUAUUGCUGCGAUAAUUGGUGGGGGAGUCAGUGGAGUGUUGCUCAUUGGAUUGGCAAUUCUUCUGAUAUGGAAACUAAUUACUGAAUUGUAUGACAGAAAGGAAUUCCGCAGAUUUGAGCAGGAGAAAACGAAAGCAAAGUGGCAAGAUGGUGACAACCCCCUGUUUCAGACAGCAACUACCACAGUCAUAAACCCCCUCAAUAACUAGAGAUUUUGAUGGAGCUGAGAUUUGUUUAGCCUGCUGCGCCUCAAUCAAGCCAUGCAAUAUUUGAAUAUUCAAAAUGUAUUUUAAUGAAUUUCCUUCAUUGCUUAGUUUCUGUUUUUAAUUUGCAAAAUGAGCAUUUACAAGAUACAUUAUCAGAAGAGACCAUACAUUUCAUUAGGUGCAAUAAUGGAUCCUCUGAAAGUUAUAUAUUAAUAAUCAGGGUGAACGCUUAGUACUUUUUGCACAUUUGAGGUGUUGGCAAUUGAAUGCCAAUGCAAAAUUAUGACGAACAAACUAUUAGUACCCAAAAUUAGUGCCCAAUACUGAUACCAGUAUCAAUGUCAAAAUACUAGCUAACUCACCCAAACUCCCAGUGCUUGGUUUUACAGUAAAUUCCCUAUAGCUCAACCCUGGCUUAACUUGUCACAACCACUUAAGUCAUAAUGUUGUCAAUAUCCCAGCCACAUUUAUUUAUGUAUUUAUACAUAUGCCUAACUCGCCACUCCAGAUAACUUGUCACUGAGCUUUUUUCCUUUGUUAUCAGGAGAUAACUGUAGAUACAAGUUUUGACAUCAGUGCCAAAAUGUCAGAUGAUAUUUUAUAAAUUCUAGUUGCAGGGUUUCCCUUCGAUGGGUUCAGAUGCACAAAUCUUUGAUGAUCUUUUGACGGUUUUACCAAAAAGAGACUGAAGCUAUACAGAUUAUAUCUUGUAUUCUUGAAUAUGAUCUUCUAGUUAUGUUCUUUUUAUAAACCCCAAAUGUUUGUCCAUUUUCUAUCAAUAAACAAUAAACUAAUAAACUAGAAUGACUAUAGAUUUUGUAUAAAGUAAUGGUGAUUUCAGGGACAACUGGGAGUUUAUCCUUGGGCCCCAAAUCAAUGGUAGAGAUAUUGUGUAAUUGGUAUCCAAUACUACUGCAAAUUUACUCCCCAAAUUACAAUACUUGGUCUGAUAUACAUAUCACCUCCUGAAACUUGCCUCUUCCACUUAGUCAGAAUCUAUAAAAGCAGACAGGUGGUAGAUAUCUUUACAUCAUCUAUGCAAUCCUAUUUAAUUUUAUUCCUGUUUUGUGUUUCAUUUGUUAAAUCGCAUGUCAGUUACUGACUCAUUUUAAAUACGAAGGUUACAAAUUGUUAAUAAACAUCUUGUACACAAUUUUACAUCCACUCAUUAACAUUGGAUUGAAACUCUGGUUUCCUAAAUGACUCCUGUUUUCUAAGAAUCAAAUACAGAAAUUGUUUGUCUCCUACAUUCUGAAACCUUCUCUCUAAUCUGCAAAGGUCUCAGAAUUUAGGAGGCUAUAUCCUGAUCAGCACACAAUUCCUUUGUUUGUCCUGAUAAUUCAUUGCAACUGAGUGGUUUCAUUAUAUAGUAUACAUUUGUAUUUUUGCUGAUGUACAAUACCAACCUGUCUGCUCAGUGGGUACUGGCCUGCAUAAUGCAUAAUGUCCAAGCCAAGAUUGUUUUCUGCCGCACAAUCUGGGUCUAUAUCCCUGAAUCUCACAGCCUCACCUUCUCCCUUGCCUCCUUCAAGGCCCGUCUCAAGACUUUCCUCUUUGGUCGUGCUUUCAGCCACCCCCAUACCCUCGAACCCUCUUGAUUCCAACCCCCAGCUCAGUGCAAACCUUUAAAUGUCCAGUUCAUUGGGACGUCCUUCUGAUGUGAAAAGCACUAUAUAAAUGUAAAUGUGUUGUAUGUGGUGUCUGGAGGUUUUUGUUUCUUGUGUAACUCAUGAAAAAUGACAAGAUAGAAUGCAAACCAAUAGCUGAUGUCUGUUGUCUAGGUUUUAGGCAUUGCCACUAAACUACCAGUAUAAACUUUUCUGUGAGCUUCAACUGCUCAACUCCUUGUCAAUACUUGUGGCUGAAUAUUUUUGGUGUGUCACUGGGAAAGGUGCUUAAUUCAGUAAAGUCUAACAAUGCGUCUA